AUGCCUGAUCCUGGGGCAGAAAGCGUUGGGCAUCUCUCUCCAGUCACUGAGGACAGUGAUGUAGAUAAUCAGGGGAUGCCUGAUCCUGGGGCAGAAAGCGUUGGGCAUCUCUCUCCAGUCACUGAGGACAGUGAUGUAGAUAAUCAGGGCAUGCCUGAUCCUGGGGCAGAAAGCGUUGGGCAUCUCUCCCCAGUCACUGAGGAAGGCGCUGGCGGGAAUGAUCCGCAGCAUCUGUCGCCAAUCACUGAGGACAGUGAUGUGGAUAUUCAGGGCAUGCCAGAAGACGCCAGUGGGCGUGAUCCUAGGGCGGAAAGCGAUCAGCUGCCAUUGCCAAGCAAGUGGCAUCUACCAAUUGCGGUCUUCUUCGGUAAUUUGCGGCAAGUGUUCAGCUUGGAUGAACUUGCUCGAGAGAUACUGGGGAUCGCUUUUCCUGCUAUCUUGACUUUGGCUGCUAAUUUUGCCACGUCCUUAAUUCAUUCUGCCUUCCUUCGUCAUUUAGGUCCAAUAGAGCUUGCGGCUGUAGGAUUUUCGAUCGCUGGAUUCAAUCAACUUAUGAAUGUUUUUAUGUUCGCUCUGACCAUCAUAACAACAUCCGUUGUCGCAAAAGAGAAUACUCUAGGCAAAACAAGUGCCAACCUUGGAGAAGUUGAAAGGCUUGAUUCAUUGGAAAGAGGUUCAGAUGCAAAUUUGUCAGUGAAGAUCGGCCAGGGCUUAUUUCAUAAAAGAAGCCAACCAGCCUUCAAGGAGCGAGGUCCACACUCGACCUCAGGGGCAGGUUCACUGGAGCUCAGAGUUGGAAAAACAUGUGAUGAUCUGGCUGAAGAUGACAACGUAGAAAUCAAAGAACCAACGCCUGAUGAUGAGGUGGUCCCAGCAGAAGCAAGGACUCGUAGCAAGGAAAGACAGCGUAUUCCUUCAGCAUCUUCUGCCCUAGUAGUUGCUGGGAUCCUUGGUGUCUUGCUAGCAUUUUGUCUAAGAUCGGGUGCUGAAGCCCUCUUGAGAUUUAUGGGGAUAAAACCCGGUUCUCUCUCUCUAACCUCUGCUACAAGAUAUCUGAAGCUAAGAUCCCUUGCAGCUCCAGCUGUUCUUCUAUCUUUUGUAAUCCAAGGCGUGUUUCUAGGCCUUAAGGAUGCCAAGACUCCUCUCUAUGCCACUGUUGCAGGAGAGCUCGCAAAUAUUGGAUUAGAUCCAGUACUCACCUUCGUUUUCCACUUGGGUGUUGGUUGGGUUGCUGUUGCACACAUUGUAUCUCAAUACAUGAUAUUUCUUAUUCUGUUAUGGAGGUUGAUAAAAAGAGUUUAUAUCUUACCUCCAAGCCUUAAGGCUAUGCGCUUUCGUCAGUUUAUAAAAAAUGGACUUCUUUUGGUGGUAUGGGCGAUGGCUCUCACCUCUGGUUCUAGCCUUGCUUAUGGGCUGGCUGCAAGGCUGGGUUCAGGACCGUUAGAGGCAUUAUUAAUAUGCUUAAAGCUUUGGACAACACCAACAAUAAUUGCUGGUGGUUUGGCUGCUGCUGGACAGGCAAUCCUAGCUGGUGCAUUUGCGGAAAAAGAUUAUGACAAGGCAAUUGCAACUACAUCUAGGGUAUUACAGAUGGGAUUAAUUAUUGGCCUAGGGCUCACUGUUAUUAUUGGUGUGGGCCUGAGUUUGGGAUCCGGAGUACUCUCAAGAGAUGUCAACGUUCAGCAUCUCAUUUCUCUAGGCAUUCCAUUCAUUGCAGCUGCACAACUUGUCAACUGCUUGCUUGUCGUCUUUGAUGGCCUUAACUUUGGAUUAUCAGAUUUUACGUACUCCACAUAUUCCAUGGUUUUGAUCUCCAUGAUCAGCCUAGCGCUGUUGUUCCUUCUUUCCGAGGGCUAUGGUUUCAUUGGAAUAUGGAUUGCCCUAAGUAUAUCCUUGGGUCUUAGGAUUGUAGCUUGUAUUUGGAGAAUGGGAAGUAAGAACGGACCGUGGCGCUUUCUCGGGGAAGGACUUCUUCCACGGCGUUUUUGA